AUGUCACGUCUCAACCUAUACAUCAAAACCUACCUCUUCCGCAUCUUCGCAGCAAUAGGCCGCUACUGCGAACUUUAUCUCUCACCCCCUUCACCCCAACGCCCCUCUUUCACCGUCCGCAUCCCUUCAACCAUCGGUUCCGUCCCUGGUUCCUUCAAGCUCCUCUUCUACACGCCACCUAGCUACAAACUCGGCCAGCAGUCUUCGAAAAAGUAUCCCGUACUCGUCAAUUUCCAUGGAGGCGCCUACAGCGUCGGGAAUGCAGCUGACGAUGCACGAUGGGCCACUACUGUGUUGCAGAAAAUCGAGUGUGUGAUCGUAAGCGUAGAUUACCGUCUUGCGCCUCGAUACCCCUUUCCAACAGGAAUCGAGGACUGUGUAUCAGCUAUGCUGUAUCUCUGGGCUAAUGCUGACUCUCUCCACCUCGAUGUAUCCCGCACCGCCCUUUCGGGCUUCUCAGCAGGUGGGAAUUACAGCUUCACGGCUCCCAUACGCCUGCACCAGGAAAUUGCUCGAUUGAAGGCCGAAGACCGGCUUGCUGAAGUUGAGCUGGGCAAGCUUGUGGGAAUCGUGGCUUUCUAUCCGGCUGUUGACUGGACGCGUUCACGUGCUGAGAGGGCGGCUUCGAAUCCGAAUACUAAGCCGAUUGGGAUGCCUAAAUCGUUGGUUGGCGUCUUUGACGAGUCGUAUCUUUACCCCAAGCCUGCCGAUAUGAGGAAUCCGUUACUGAGUCCUGCAUUGGCGGAUGAGGCGUUACUGAAGGAAGCGUUGCCGAGGAAGGUUUGUUUUAUUACUUGUUGGGGUGAUGCUUUGCUUGGGGAGGGGGAGGCGUUUAGGGAACGGUUAAGGGGAAUGGGGAGCGUGAUUAGUGGGUUUACAGUUCCGGGGGUUGCUCACGGGUGGGAUAAAAUGCCAAGCUGGGGGAACAUGACUAGGGAGAGGGAUGAGGCGUAUAGAGUUGCGGUGGAAAGUUUGAAGGAUAUGUAUAGUCCAUUAAUGAAUUACAAAGACUUAUUGUUUGGAGAAUAA